AUGAGAGCGAUCCUCGCAUGCAUACUGCUCGCCGGAGUGUUAUGUCAAGAGCCACCACUCCUGAGACCUCCAAUUCUCGACCGGAUGAGUUCUAACGGAGCCACACCACUGGAGAAGAAACAAGUGUUCACUCAACUCAAGAAUAUCAUCAAUUCAGCCCAGCUUCCUUGGUAUAAGGCAAAUCUGCAUAAAGUAGUCAAGGACAACGCAGCAUAUAAAUAUUCUGUAGAUGUCGGAGGCGAUGUUGGUGCAAAAGCACUCGAAGAGCUGAAGGAAAUUCGCACAAAAUCAGAAAAUCCGCAGAAUGUGUUGGAUUUUUUGGAGAUAUGCAUGGAAUUCAUGAAUAAGAAUACGAUUCCCGACACUUCGAAGUGGUGGUUCUUCAAUGAAGCAACGAUACUUAUGGACAGAGGUUACAAACUAGAAGAGUUCAAGGAUUUUUUGAUUCGUGGAGAUUGGAUUCUACCGGUGAAUGUGUUGGAGGCAUUGGAGAUCCUGUACAGAACUCCGACUAGAGUUCUUCAACCAUAUGAAAUUCCAAAGAUUCCUUCCGAGAUAGUCAAGAAUGUACAUGUGGCACCGACUGAUCCAAUUGUCGGACCAAUCACGUUGUCAAGCUAUGAAAAAUUGAAUAAGGAUUGGGAAGCGGAACCAUUCAUACGAACCGAGUCGAUGUUUCACAUUUUGAAAGAUUAUGGGAGUAUCGAUUAUGUAAAUCGCUACUUGCGUUUUCUGAAAGAAAUGAUCAAAGCAAAAACUUCUGGAGACUUUCGAAGGAUUUUCUUGGUUGUUAGAGACUUGAAAAGAUAUGGGAAGGAUCAAUAUCUGAAAGACUUAUUUGAUCUUCGAGAACAUGAAACCAGUAUCAAAUUGAUGGAAGAAGUGGUCAACGCGUAUUAUUUGAACAACGGACGGGAUAUCGAUCCUCUUCAAAAUGUGUUGCGUGGCCGUCAUUCCGAAUCGCUUCUUCACUUCAUUGAUUUACUCAAAAUAACACCUAAAGACCGUGUCUACGGGCAGUCCGGUCUAAUGGAAUCGUUGAGAAACGUCGCCAGAAUGAGUUUGCAAUUGAACGACGCACAAUUCUCUAUGAUGAAAAAGUUUCUUGUGACGGCAUUGAGUUUCAAUGAACAGGUCUUAAGAGAUCUGGUAUACGUUUUUGAUAGUCCAAGGGAGAUUUGUGAAGAAAUUUGGGUCCCGAUCGAGUCGGACACAAAGAAAAAAAUUAAAGAGCUAGUUGAAGAAUUGCGUCUACAUUUCAAAGUCUCUUUCUGUGUUACUCGCUGGAGAAUCGAAGAAAACACCUAUUGA